CUCACUGAUGCGAUCCGCCGCCUGCGUGUAAUUUUCUGCUCCUCAGCCUCGCGCCGCCGUCGUCGCUCCCGUCGUCGACCGUCGUCUGUCUGCCGUUCUUUACUGCCCGCGUUGCUGCCGGUAGCGACGGCGGGAAUCCCCAUAUCGCGUCGUCGACCCCGACGAGCUCCCAUCAUCAGCCUCCGCCAUGGCCCAGCAGUCGCCCCGCAAGCUUUCGGCUGCGGUCCCGCUCAUGACGUCCCGCACGGCGGACACCGGCGCUCCCUCGCCCGCGCUCUCCGUCACGUCCCGCGACUCGUACACGACCGCCCAGUCCACCUUUGACGGCGCACCAGUCGCUUCCUCCUCCUCCUCAACCGCGGGACUCCGCAAGUCCGUCUCCGUUGACUCCUUCGUUGGACGCACCUCGCCCACCAGCCGACGUUCCCCGCGCCCCGACUACGAUCUCGUUCACCACUUGCCACCAGUCGAUGAUAGGCAACCGCUGUCUGCCGGCCGCAUCCGCGGUCAAAGCAUCAGCUCCACGCGCAACCUUCAGCUGGCGAACGACUCUGAUGUCGAGUUCUCCGACAGUGUCCCGCCAUCCGCCGCUGAGCGCUAUCGCAGCACGUCCCUCAAAGGCCAUGGUCGCCCCGUCCGGCCCGGCGAUCUCCCCCUUCCAUCGCGUACACCCACACUCAGCACCGCGUCCAGCAUGACCACGAAUUCGUCACUAUCAUCGUCCACACAAGGGGAAGCGCCCUCGCGCGAGAAGUUCGCACGCGAACCGGGCGCACCGCGUUUGCAGUCGUCAACCUCCCUGCAAUCCAUCCCCCAAAAGAUCGCCCCGCCAAUAUCGCUCAGCGGACGGACGCGUAGCGGCAGCGUCGGAGUACCCCCCACGACACGCAAGCUUUUGGUGACGCCACAACAGCGAGAGCAGAUGAAGCAGAACUCCCCUGUCAAUGUCGUUGUCCUUGGCACUUCGGGAUGCGGCAAGUCAUCGGUCAUCCGAAGAGGCCUGAAAGGCUUCAGUCUUUCGGAUCCGUCGUCAUAUGUUCCCUCAUCACCACUCCCCGGGGUUUCGCGAAGCGCACGAUGUACACGACGAACUGGCCGCAUAACGGACAGCGAUCUCGGUCCAGAAUGCCCGCUCUAUGUCGUCGAGGCCGACGUAUCCCCCUCCGACUCCUUUGCUCCCAUUGCACCUUCUCAAUCUCGGCUGGACGGCAUCUGUAUAUGUUACGAUGCUUCUGACGAGGAAACCUUCGAAGUUGUUGAAGACCUCUUACGAUGUUACCAAAACUUGAAGAUACCUACCAUCGUCAUGGCCUGCAAGUCCGAUCUCACCAAGAAGGUUCAUCCUGGUGUCGCCACGAAAAUACUCGAGCGGUAUCAUAGCGGGCUCAUCGAGUUGACAUGCGUCGAUGAUGUCGGCAAGGAGAAAGUACGACGGACGUUCGAGUUCCUCAUCAAGACCAUCAUCAAGCAACGACGUCUCGGCUUCGAUCCUGAUACUCGGAAUCCCGCGUCGCCGGAUGUGUUCAGCUCGGGCUUCAACUGGGAUACUUCAAGAACGUCGACUCCAACGGGCAUGGGUGACGGUUCCAACCCGCCAAGUCGCCGACCGUCCGAGCCAUCGUUGUCAUCGCUGACGACGACGAGUCAGCUGCGACCGAAGCUCACGAUCCCGACCACGAAACAGUCCUCUUCGUCUUCCUCUUCCAUGCCACGUUCAGCAGAGCCACCAUCUGAUACGGAGAAGGCGCCGGCACACCUGCCAUCGUCGACGGGCCUCACGAGCCAGCAGAACGACAGCGGCAACUCGCUGCAGGUUGCAUCCGGCACGGAGGAUGCGGUCCAGGCGACCCCUUCAUCUGAGGGCCCACAGCAACCUAAGAAGGAGAAGAAGGAAAAAGAUCAACGACCUGCCCAGUGGGCAACCAUCGACGAGCUCUUGGACAAACUCCUCUUCCUCUCCGUCAGCGGCGACGACCCUGUUUUCGUGACCCACUUCCUUCUCACGUAUCGGCGCUUCAGUACUCCGCGGAAGCUCUUGCUUGCAAUGCAGAAGCGUAUGCGCGACCUCGACAAACCCAGCGGCGAUCCAAUGUUUGCGUGCUUCGCGCAGAUGCGGAUAUGUCAUCUACUCGAGACCUGGAUUCACGACUACCCCCACGACUUCGCGGUGAAGGGUUCGUAUGGUGCGCUUAACGCGCUCGUGCGCUCGAUCGUCUCCAAGACGUACCUGCUGCACUACGGAUCCGACUUCCUCCCCUUCGUCGAGCAAGCCUUGACCUACCAGGACACGGACUCGCAAUGGGCUAAGCCAGUGGACGACUUUGACGACACGGAGGACGAGAUGAGCAUCCUGGAGGACGAGGAGGAGAUCGCGACGAAGAGUGUGACGCCGUCGGUGGAUGAGCCAAGCGAACCUGCCCGUAGCACGGGUAGCGUCGAGCUAACGAGAGGGGCAGCGGCAUCUACCUCGCGAACAUCACCUGCGUCGCGAGAGCGGAAACAAAGCCUACCUCUCACUCGAUCUCUGAUGAUGAACUCCUCGUCCGCGGGCGGUCAGCCGGAUGAAGAGGUCCCAAAGCACCAAAUCAAGGAGCUCUUAAAGAUCUCGCAACAGCUGGCUCUUAUCGACUCGACUGAGAUCGCGCAGGAGAUCACUCGUAUAGAAGCAAAGGCGUUUCUGGAGAUCGAGCCACGCCACUGGCUGCGAUACACCUUCGUCUCGGGGCGCAAAGACCCCAAGGUGGAUAGCAUCGCUCGCUUUAACGCCAUCUCCGAACGGCUAGCAGACUGGGUGGUGUCCCUCAUCCUCUGCCACGACCGUGCCAAGGCGCGGGCAAAGCAGAUCGAGAAGUUUGUGGACAUCGCGCAGAAGCUACGUGCCCUUAAUAACUACUCCGCGCUGCGCGCCUUCGUGGCGGGGAUCAACAAUUCGACCUUCCCCGGUGACCAGACGAUGGAACAGUUCAAGUCGAAGUCGCCGGAGCAGGCGAAGAACCUGCAGUCAUGGGACGUGUUGCUGCAACACAUCCGGUCGCAUCGCGCGUAUCGGCUGGCGCUGAGGAACACGAAGGGGCCUUGCAUACCGGCGCUGGAAGUGCACAUCUCGGAUCUCAUUCGCGCAAACGAGGGCAACCCAGAUUACUUCCAGUCGGAUCCUAGUAAGAUUCACUGGGGCAAGUUCAACAUGAUGGGUCGCUUCGUCAGCCAGACUACCCAGUACCGGACGCAGUGCCAAAGCUCCGCCGACUAUAACUUCCCGAGACGAGAACACAUUGAGCAGCUUCUGAAUACGCCCUUCUUGAUGAAUGUGGAUAUGCAAAAGUCGCGUAUCGCCCCGCCGGACGCUGACUUUGACGACGCACCGAUGAUGUCCCGGACACAGUCUGGGCAGCCCAAGGACGUUGCCGUGCUUCGCAAGCUCUUUUUCUGGUAAAUAUCCUUGACCUCUACGCAACUUACUUAUUAGAUCAUGGUUUAUUAUACGGUCUUGCGUACCUCCUGACACGAUAGUACUACCUACUGCUCCGCUCUGCUCACGUCCUACAUCGCUGCAUUUCCCCUUUCCCUCUCAACUUCAAUUGUGACAUACCCUUGCCCUUCCUGCAUUACUAGUACGCCCCUCGUCUGCGUCCCUCCAGUGCUGGAUAUCGCUCUAUAUGUGUUUUUGCAUAAUCGCAGCUUCGCUGGCUCUGUAGCUACCUAAUCAACUUCCCCGGUCAUCUCAUGUUCUAUGAAAGCCGCUCACUAUAUGAA